CUCGCAGCAUCCGCAUCUCACGGCCAGGAGGACCAGGAGCACAUCUUCAUCUGAGCAGCAUCCAUUCCACAACUGCCUCCCAUCGUCUGCGCACCGCCGACACCAGGCGUGUUCAUCCACCCGCUUUUGCUUUUUUUUAUUUUUGUGCCUCGGACUCGGAUUAUUAUUUUUUCUUUGUUGCAUUUAUAUUCUCGGAGAUGGUUUUCAUGUUUUAGUCGCGUCUUGUGAGGAAAAACAAGCGCUGGACGCGGAGAAUCAUCAUCGUUACAGGAAGAUUAUAUUCUCAUUGAGCAGGAGAUCUGUGGCCUUCAGGAGGCAGACAGAGAGCUGAAAUCCAACAGUUUCAGUCGAGGUCAUCGUUAUCCCCUCAGAGCUGCUCACAGGAUCAUCUUCUCCCAGGCUUUGAUGCCCAGCGGCAGCCUGUAGCCCGGGACUCCCAGCAGCAGAGGCUUUAAGACCCUCAGGAUCGGCCCUUCUGACCCAGCGCGGCUGCAGCCCCUGGACGCCCCCCCACACUCACCAUGGGAACCGUGCUGUCUUUGUCCCCCAGCUACCGAAAGGCGGCUCUCUUUGAGGAUGGCCCGGCCACCGUGGGCCACUACACAGCUGUGCAGAACAGCAAGAACGCCAAAGACAAGAACCUGAAGCGCCACUCGCUCAUCAACGUGCUCCCAUGGAAGCGGAUUGUAGCGGUGUCGGCCAAGAAGAAAGGCUCCAAGAAGGUGCAGCCCAACGGCACCUACCAGAACAAUGUCACCCACCUGAACAAUGAGAACCUGAAGAAGUCGCAGUCGUGCGCCAACCUGUCCACCUUCACCCAGGACCAGAGCACUCCAGCGCUCACCAAGACCUCCUCCAACAACACAGCAUCGUCCGUCAAGAAGGCCCCUCUGACUAACUCCAAUGUGGCCCCCGGGACCCCUAAGAGAGUGAUCGUGCAGGCCUCCACCAGCGAGCUGCUGCGCUGCCUCGGGGAGUUUCUGUGCCGGCGUUGUUACCGGCUGAAACACCUGUCACCCACUGACCCAGUGCUGUGGCUGCGCAGCGUGGACCGCUCCCUGCUGCUGCAGGGCUGGCAGGACCAGGGCUUCAUCACGCCCGCUAACGUAGUCUUCGUCUACAUGCUGUGCCGUGACGUGGUUUCCUCCGAGGUGGCCACGGAGCACGAGCUGCAGGCCGUGCUCCUCACCUGCCUCUACCUGUCUUACUCCUACAUGGGCAACGAGAUCUCCUAUCCUCUCAAGCCCUUCUUGGUGGAGAGCUCCAAGGAGACCUUCUGGGACCGCUGCCUGUCCAUCAUCAACCUGAUGAGCGCAAAGAUGCUCCAGAUCAACUCCGACCCGCACUACUUCACUCAGGUGUUUGCAGACCUGAAGAACGAGAGCCAGAAGGAGGAGGAGAGGAGCCGCCUGCUCAUCGGCCUGGACCGGUGAG